AUGACGGCAAUGUGCAACCUGCAAUCAGGCAGUUUCCAAAACACAGGCUUGGCCGGGUAUUUCAACAUGGAUUUCAAAGACGAUAUUGAACUUAUUGUUUCUUCAGGAAAAUCUAAAUCUGUCACAUUUGACAAAUCGGCGGACAAUAUUUCGACAGGACUAGACGAAUGUGAUGAAGAAAAUGCGACUACGCUUGCUGUACACACGGUACAAUUCUAACAUAUAUAAUUUAUACACGCACUUAUUUCGCUGCUCAUUAUGCUAAUUAGAUAGCGUGAUAUUGCGAUAAUAUUAUUGUAUGGUGUAUCAGUGGUUUAAGUUUUGAUAAAUAGAGUUUUUCUGUGAGAUUUAUGUUGCUGAGAAAUAUAGGUUUCAAAUUUAUUAGACAGUACUUGUCUAAGGCUUGCGCAAGCAAAGGCUUGCUUAAUCUAUUAAUCCUUUGGUAUACAAAUAUACCUUUCACCAACGAAUUCAGUCACUCAUUACAAAUAGUGUACGAUUACAGUCUGAGAAUCUAACAAAUACUUUCGUCUGAAAGAGGAGCGUACAUGUCUAACUAGACAUUUGAUUCAACUGGAUGUCUGGAUUACUGACCGGAAACUUAAAUUUAAUUUUCACUAUGCAUGCAUGCAUAUGGUUUGAUUAAAACAAUUAUAACAUGAACAAGAAAACAAUGCAUGGUUUUCCCCUGAGCCCCGCGAGGCUUACGAAAGCAGAAGAGAGUUUCUUUUGAACUAUUUUUUUAGCCCAUCAAACACAUUAAUUUCUCCUUUCCAACCAGAAACUUGUGAUGGCAGCCACGUUAAUAAACGAAGCAAGAUAUGGAAGGCAUGGCGUUUUCAAACUUACACCAAAAGAAGUGAAGUAAGAUUCACGUUUGAUUUUGAGAUGUACUAAUGACUAACUACUAAUUACUCGAGUAUUACGUCUACACACGUAAAAAGUUGUAGCAAUGCUGUUCCAACAACUUGUUAAGUCGCACUGCUUGUUCCCAGCUUGUUGACAAGUUGUCAACGGCUUGUUGACAACUUGCUAUAAGGUUUUUGAGCUCAAGAGACUUGUUUCAAGUUAAAGUGCACCUAACCUCGAUUCUUUUUAUCAUCCCAUUCCUAAGAAUCUUUGAAAUGAUAUUGUAACUUAUUUUGAAGAUUUUCGUUUGCACACUUUGUCUCUGAGAUAUGCAAAUGUCCGGAAUGGCGGAAUUUACGUCACAUAUGAAUAAUGACUGAUCUAAGAAUGUAAGGUACAGUUAAAUAUCAUAAAAUAAAAAGGCUAAAUGGUAUUUUACAUAGGUAUAUGUAAUCCUCUCACAACUCCAAACUUCAUUUUAAUGAAUUAAAUUCGAUAGUGAAAACGAUAUACAAGCUUUUACUUUAAGUCAUUAUGCAUUUGUGACGUAAAUUCCGGAUAUUUGCAACCAACAAACUGAAAUAUCUCAGAAACAAUGUGAGCAAACGAAAAUCUUCAAAAUAAGUUAUUACAUCAUUUCAGAAGUUCUUAAAAAUGAGAUAAUAAAAAUAAUUGAGGUUAGGUGCACUUUAAUGUUCCAACAACUUGUUAUCAUCCUGUAAUUCAACAAUUUGUCAACAAGUUGUGAUCGAGUGACAAUAACAGCAUUGUUACAACUUAUUGACAAGCUUGCUACAAGCCUGUUGUGAACACAUCUUGUUGACAUGUUGUGAGGUUUUUACGUGUGUAAGCAACAAACUCAAAUAACCUCAUAUAUUUUCUUUCAGGUUAUAUAACUCCUACUACACAUUCUACAUAAAUUAUUUAAUAUACGUCUUACUCUGGUUCAAUCUGGCUUUAGCAGUUUUUGAAAAGCCUGCAGUCAGUGGCUAUGAACUACCAUAUUGGGUAAGCACUCAAUUAUUCGUAUUAUAGGUAUUCUUUUUUAGUUAAACUGAUCUAAAACUCUGUUUUUUUCUAGGCUACAAUGAUAAUGGAGUAUGUUUGUAUAUUUGUAUUUGCAUUAUACCUGUUUCACAGAUGGUAUAUAGCGCCUGAUGGUUGCUUUUGGAAUGAUAAGAAAAAUAUUAUUCUGACAGCUACUAUAAUUGUAAGUGUAUUUGUAAACCUCAUUAAUAACUCAUUAAUUCAUGACGAAAACAGAAAGGAAAUCAUGACCAUGAAGGAGUUUGUAUAUCUGGUACAAAAUCGUGCAUUUAACUUAGUAAACUUUUUCUCAUGAUUUUGUAUAUUUGCGAAUUUUGCUUGAAAGCAAUAUGGACACGAAUAAGUGUUUUUACAAAAAUGCGUAGCCUGUUCACUGAAGGAUGCAAGCGUGCAAAAAAGAAUGUAACUUUUGCAAGUUUUAACAAAUAUUUUCCAGAUAACGUUUCUGGAUAUGUUGUUGUAUUCUAUUUUCAUGGAAAAUGGUCUUGAAUCGAAAGCUUUACGUUGGUCAAGAAUACUUCGUCCAGUUUUUAUAGUAAAUCUUGAAGGACGACAGGUAAGAAAAUGUGGGUUUGAUUCCAGUUGUCUGAGAUUAUAAUUUUGCCUUAGUCCCAUGAGAAUGAGAAAUUUAAUUAUGCUUCCUUGUAACAAGCUGGAGGCAUUAUCAGACUUGUUACAGGGUUGUUCUACGUAAAUUUAUUACUGCAAAGCUUUCGACCGUAAGCCCGGAUCUUCAUCAGUGCUAACACUGCUAAUAUUAUUAGCACUGAAGAUCCGGGCUCACGGAUCGAAUGCUUUGCAGUAAUAAAUUUACGUGGUGUUUCCACAAACAGUAAUAUUGUAUAUGUUUUAUCGCCAUGCAAACCCACAAAGAACUUAAGUCUGAUACAGUCAUGAUAUAACAAGAUUGUUACAAGGUUGACGACACAAGGUUGUAACAAUUUGUAUCAGCAAGGUUGUUACAACUGUUAACAAGUUGUUACAACUUGUUGACAGACUUGCCAUAAGUAAGGCAUGAUCUUUUACUAGACAUCUGGGAAGAACAUUUUUGAACUGAUACAUCAAUAGUGAUAUAGUCCCUUGUGUGUAACAAAGUCAAAUGUUAUUUUAUCAGAUUCGUCGAGCAUUUAGAAACAUCAGAAGAACAAUAGUUGGUGUUGUGAACGUGCUGGUUUUGCUUCUUUUUGCCAUUGGGUUGUUUGCCUUGCUCGCCACAAAACUCUUUGAAAAUAGGUGACGUUUAAUCAAACAUUAGUGUGUAUCCUUAUCUGAAAGCGCCAUCCAGUCACAAUACAGUGAUCAGAUUGUUCCAUUGUCUUGUUUUGCAAAUCCCACUGUUCUCCACCUCAUUCAUUGUUCUGACUGCAACGUUAUGCAAAGGGUCUAUUGCUUGUAGUGAUGAGCACAAUAUAUUGUAUAGCGAUCAUAUUGCGACGUGCAUGUAUUUCUUAAUUUUUCAUAAUUGUUAAUAAUUGUUCUUAAUUAUACUUCUUAAUGAUUCUCAAUUGUUUUAGAAAUCUUAAAGAUAUUGAUGGCAAUCCUUACUUCCACAACUUUCUCGAGUCUUACUACCAACUUUAUAUUUUUACCACAACAGCAAACAGCCCUGACGUAGGGUAAGCUAUACUUUCUUAUAUCUCCUGGACAACAACAGACUGGUAAACACGAUUGUUUAUUUAAAUCUCAAUUACUAUAUUAUUUUUGCUUAUGUUACUUAGGAUUCCUGCAUAUGACAGCAACAACUGGUUCGCGUUAUUUUUCCUCGUUUUUCUGGUCAUAUGUAUGUAUAUAUUUCUCAGUAUUUUAUUGGCUGUUGUCUAUGCUAACUACAGAAAACAUUUAAAGGUAAAACGAUCAUAAAUUUCAUUAUCUAUUUCUAAUGACUCUACGUUAGUGAUGCCUUAUUUGCACCGCUUCAAUACUGGGUUUUAUUGGGGGGUUUUCGUUGUAGUUUUCUCAACUCUCAUGUCCAGUCAAACGAGACGAAGAGUUGUAUGAGAGUUGAUUGGAGUUAUCGGUAAAACGAACAAAACUCUCAUCGACUCUCAUCAAAAUUUGAACCAGCUCAAAGUUGAUGAUGACCUCUAAGGAAUUUUGUUAGUUGUCAGUAAAAAAUGAACCCGUCAGAGACGCAUGUAUAUUUUCAUCCAGUGAACCCGUUAGAGACACGCUUAUAUUUUCAUUUUCACCCUCCCAACAGAAUGAAGUUCGUAAGUCAGUCUACCGCAAGAGACGACAAUUGAAAUUAGCGUUUGAUUUAAUCUGUGAAAAGUUGAACAAUGAAUGGGUGUUGCGAUUUGAAAGAUGGAAAUCUCUUCUUCAAGUGGUUUGCCCAAGUUACAGUCCAGGAAAAGUCAGCUUGUUAUGGCAUGUUUUGGAUCGAGAGAACAACGAUUAUAUAAGUAAACUCCUGUUUAAUUACAAAUUUUGUGAUUCAAUGAUUGAAUAUGCCCAUGUUCCACAAAUUCUUCUUCUUUGGAACAGUUUCUUCUACGGAAUUGGCCUGAAAAGGAGCAUUCGUCACCAUUGAUUUCUGUUCUUAAUAUUCUUACGUGUCAUCUUUCUGAGUUUCAUUACCUCACGUUCAUCCUAUAUCUUCCCACCUUUUCUGUAGCCUUUUUUGUUUCCCUGGAAUUAGCAUGUUAUUGUUAUUUCUCUCUUCUGUAUAUCGUAAACAGGAAUCGGGUAACUUCUCUUCAAUACAGUAUCUAUGUCAUCUCUCUCUCACAAGCCCUAGUCAUUCCUUUCGUCCCAAGGGAAAUGAAAGUGUUUUCCAUAGUAUUAUAUACAAAGUUUCUCAAUCAUCUUUCGACAAAUAUUUUGCAGAAGUUAAAGAUUUCACUAAAGUGUCAGAACUGCUCAACACUCGAGUGAUAGAAGUCAAAGAAGAGGUUCAUCUGUUUGAAAAGAUCUGUCCUACGAUUUAUUUUUCCUGGUUAAGUGUGAAGAUUAGACGAAUGGUUUGCCACAGGUACAUGGGAGGAACAAUAGGGUAGAAGGAAUGUUAGAAAGGAAUGAAUUAAGGAUUGAAACCAUGCACAACCUACAAACCACUUUUGCCGCAACAAUUUGAAAAUUUCCGUGUUUCUCAAAUGUGUUCUCAUCAAAAUCUAGUAUCAGUACGCCGACUACCGGAUUAAAAUGGAGGUUGUCUUUCACUAUCUGGAGAUUGUCCGUGAGAAGAAUAAUGUAGAAAAUUUUCCAUUCUUUGUUUUUAGAUAUUUUCUCUACUUUUUUGACGUGGUUAUAUUUGUGAACGCUGUUUUCAUCGCACUAUCCCUGGAGAUGGCGGAGGCCGCAUUUCUCUUGCUUUUCAACAUUGAGCUCUUUUUAAAAUUCUACACAUAUGGCUGCAGAGAGUUCUUCGUGAACUUCUGGAACACGUAAGUCCAUGUAUAUACGUCCUUUUUGUUUCACUAAAUAUUGCCAUGUUGAUGGCAGAAUGGUUAGUGCAAACAUAACGUGCCUCUAAAGCCUUGGGCAAACUAGGAAACAUUGUUGCGGAAACAUUGUUUCCUGCCAAUGUUUCGCCAUGUUUACCAAGGUGGGCAAACACUAGGAAACAAUGUUUCCGCAACAAAAAUCGCACUUGGGAAACAUGAAAUGUUUCUGAAUUUGAUAGGAAACAUUUCUGCUUCUCAGGAAGCAAAUUGUGUUUCUGCAAAGAUGUUUCCACGGGUGGGCAAACACAGAAACACUUGAGGAAACAUGGCGAAUCACACUGUUUCCUAGUUUGCCCAAGGCUUAAGGUUCCAACCUCCGGCUCGACACAGAUUUUUUAUUUCCUCCCGCAUCAACAACGCUGGAUCAAUACUGUAAGAUCUCAAAGAUAUAGAUUAGAAAUUACGGGAACCACUGAGUAUUUUAAAAAAAUACAAAACAACAACAACUCUGAAAAGGAACAUUUUUAAUUAAUAUAGUUCUAGCUUUCGACUAUGACGACUAAAACAUAGUCGAAAGUUAAAACUAUAUUAAAAAUGUUCCUUCUCGGAGUUAUCGUUGUUUUGUAUUUUGAUGUAGAUUAGCUAAAGGUAAUUUCGUUCAGUUGUCUUGCAUGAACGUUGUUUCUUAAUUAUUCAUCUAUUAUAGAUUUGAUUUUUUUAUCAUCGGAGGUGCAACCAUAGCGUUUAUUGUCGAGUUGUCUACUGAUUCAGGUAUACGCCAUAAAAAGCAGCAUAAAUGAAUUCAAUGUAUGUCUGCAAUCAGUCUAAUCAUCGAAUGGAAAUGUGACAUAACAAAUAUGAUCUAUUGUGUAGACGUCGUUUUAUAGAUAGUGACAUGAGAGUGAUGAGACUCUUUUUCUCUUUAGUGACAGCAAGUCAAGCUGCAGUGGACUUUCUCAUGAUUCUUCGAGUCUUACGAAUGAUUAAAGUUAUGGGGUCAAUUGAAAGGUAAUGAACAUUUUAAAUACUUGCAAUGGUGAGAACACUCCUAGACCUAAUUCUUGAUGGACAAUGGAUAAAGAAUAAAGAUCAAUUAACUAAAUUUAGUUUGGUUUAUUGAGCUUCUCACUCAUUGAUGAGCGAAUUUCCCAACACAGGCUGUUGCUCAAUAGAUAGGGGGUCCGAGGUACCUACGAUUUUUAAGGUAGCUUUUUCCCCACAGUUUUAUAUUAAGACCUUGAGCAGAAGUCCAACCGAGGACUGAACCCGAGUCCGAAAGUCUUGAAAGGCAAGCGUGAAAAGCAAGACUAUCUGCAUUAUUUCUUGGAAAGAAAUUAAAUAGAAACUCUUCCAACAGCACAGAGAAAAGCAUUGAUAAGAUCAGACAAUUUGGAAUUGUUAGACAAGAAAAAAUCGACAAUAUUAUUUUUCAAAUUUGUAGGUUCAAAGUUGUGGUGAACACGGUUAUGCAGAUAGGGCCAUCCAUUGCCAUAUAUGGAGGAAUUGUGUUUGUAAGAGAUCCAGAUGAUUUUAAAAACAUUGUUUGUUUCUUUCUUUUUCUGUCUUCAAUCAACUUCAACUUUCGUUUAGAUCUUGUUUUAUAUGUAUGCAAUACUGGGCAUGGAAUUAUUCCAAGGCAGAAUCAGAAUGCUUGGCUAUCCAAAUGCCACCACGAAUGCGACUGAGUUAUUCUGUGGAGAUGUGAAGUUAAAGAAUUCUGAAUUUUAUAACGAACAUUAUUGUGGAGAUAAUUUUAACAAUAUUUUGAAAUCUCUAAAAAUUUUAUUCGACUUGAUGGUUGUCAACCAAUGGCACAGUAUCCUUUGAUUUCUAUCAGUUUUAAGUUGUUUUUCCUUGAGGUCCAGUAAUGACAUCCUUGAGGUCCCCAAUUGGUCCGGUGUUAUUUAACUCACAAGUGAUUGAGGCAAAAUUAUAAUCAGACAAGUGCAUAUUGUAAGAAUCAAACCCCAGUCACAGAGAUGGAGGGCAGAUGCACUGACUAUUGUGCCAUCAAAUUUUAUCUCAACCCCGAGCCGUUUUUGUGAGGUUUGUUUUGAUUCCUUAAUCAACAUUGUACAGUUUUAACUCAAGGUUUUGUGUUGGUGACUAGCAAGGCCGCUAGACUAUACUUUGUCUCGUUUCAUCUCACUUGCGUUAUACUUGUUUUAAAGUACGUGACUGUAUAAUUGAUUUUGACCGAACAAUCGCUCGCUAAUCGUCCUGUCAAUAUUUUUUCUUCUGUAAUAUUAUAAUACAUUAUUUUUGCAGCAUAUUUGUGGCGUUUAUCAUCGAAGCAUUCAUGCUCCAGUACACAUUUUCUCAAGGAAAAUUUGAAUCUGAACUUGAGAAAGUUAUUCAAGAAAAAGGAGUUGGCAUUGGAAUGUAAGUAAAAAUUCUUCCUUUUCUCUAUUUAGCUUUGUUUUGCGUUGUUGUCGAUUUACUUAUUUCAUUCCACUUCCCUUUAAUUCACUUUCACAAUACUUUUGCUUUUGUAUUGCUUUGUUUUCUUACUCUAAGUCUACUUUACUUCACUUAAAUUUUUUCUUCAUCUUAAUCACUAAUACGGUCGGAUGUUGACGCCAUGUCAUACACUCUAUUUUUAGGGAUCCUCUUGCUUCCUCCUCUUGACUUCCUCCUGAGUACCCUUAUGUCUUUCAGACUUUCACACAAUAUCUCUUCGAUAUUCGAAAUAAUCCACGAUAUUCGAAAUAAUAAUUAUCCACGUAUUAUUGCAAGAAUUAAUUAUCCAUGCAUUUAUCAAAGCAUUAUCGCGAUUGUCGCAUUUUUCGUUUGAUACUUCAAUUGGACGUCACUUUGUCAGUUUCUUAACAUGUGUUUCUUGUUUUUCUAUUGAUUUAGUUAAACAUUUCAACGUGAAUGAAAAAUUUAUUUUAUUAAAGAAUUCUUCGGAUCGGAUUGGAAUACUUUAUUACAACUCGGAUCGGAUUCGGAUUAGACAAUUUCGGAUCGGAUCGGAUUUUAAACAUUAGCCAAUUGUCGGAUUAUAAACGUCCAAUCCGAUCCGAUGCACACCUCUAUCGUCCUUCUUUUGGUGUAUUUUUCCUCACUUGACUGAAUCUUCAUCUACAUUCUAUUCUGGGCAUCCUCUUCUCUUAGAUUUCGUACCUUCCCACAAUGUUUCUCCAUCUCAUCCUUUAUCUCCCAAGUCCUUCUUUUAGGUGUCUCUUUACUAACUUGACUGGACCUUCCUCUACACUCGAUAUUGAGCAUCUUCUUCCUCUAGUUUUGUUACCAUCACAACCACCGCCAUCAUCUUUGUUUUGAUUUGGAUUGAAGCCCGAAACAAGACAUGAACACGUAUUUACCAUUACGAAACGAUCAAGGUCUGUUUCAUUAUCACCAUCCCUCAUCACAAUCACCAUUGUACCAUCACCAUAUCAUCAUUACCACCAAACCAUCAUGACCAUCUUCUAAAUCAUCACCCUCCGGUCUCGUUUGGUAAUUAUCUCCAUCUCAUCCUCUGUUUCCAACGGUUGUUUGCCCUCAAUUUUGUGUCAUCAUGCUAACCUGACUGGAUCUUCUUUUUCUCUACAACUACGAACCAUCGCAUUCUCGCUUCUCUAAACCAUGCACAUUUCUAUUUCAGGACACCAAUCACAGAACGAAGUCGUACAGGAACGACUCUAAGUGUAGACCUAGAAGCAGCCAAUGGCGACCUUCAGCGAACGCCAAGCCAGAUCAGAGUGCAAGAAUACGCUAUGAACCAAGAGAAACGAUAUCGUUUGAUGGAAAAUCAGAUAAAGACUGCAGAAAAUUUACUUCAACAAAUGUUUGAGGACGAGAUUGGAUCUGAAGACAUGGGCCCUCAAACCUUGAAUGAAAUCGAAGAACUUGAACCAGUGGAAGUGGACUGGAAGAAAAUGACUUUUGAUACCAUUGGAUAAAACCCGAGACAUCAGAAAAUGUCAAUACAGCAGAUGUGGUCAACUUCAGAAGACUAAACAUCUAGAUUCUAUUUAUUUGGUUCAAAGUAUCAGACUACUAUAUACAGGGUGUCCCCCAAAAAAGUGACACUAUGGAAAUUAUCCUAUUGUUAUAAUUUGAAUGCCCUAGCACUAAGUUGAUC